GGUAUUGUACCGACGGUAUCCAUAACUACUAUGCUGCGGGCAUCGCCUUGUCGCAUCAAUCGACAUCAAACCUCCCGAAUGCUUCGCCAACGAUAAUCAAGGCUGCUCGUCUAGCGCCUUGACAAUGACCUCCCUGUCCGCAUAAACCACAUCAUAUUUUCUUCAUUAUCUUCCCUCCUUCCCCUUGGUUCUUCACCUGUCGCCUUGCGCAGCGCAUUCUAAGCUAGGCCGCCGUACCCGCGUGUGUGCCGCAGACUUCCGUUCAACGUCACAACUGAACCUCACAACUACCCCCACGCUCAAACGAGUUUUACAUUCUCGAAGCCGAAACGGCCGAGUUCUUUUGCGCAGCGCACACCAAAGAAAAUGGCCUAUCUCCUCUACAGCCUAGUUUUUCUCACCCUCGUCAGCGGCAGCAUCCUCUACCUGACUCGCGCCCGUUGGCUGCCCGCGUUUCAAGACUCCGUGUCCCGAUUACAGAACUUCCGCUUCCCCGGAAGCGACUACCUCUACUCGCGCCUCUCUCCGGGCUCGUUUGAAGAUGACAUCGAAGCGGGCUUGUCGUCGUCCAACUUUGACCUGACAGGGAAUGUGGAAGGCGGGGAUAGCCGGUCGGGAUUGGAUGAUGUGGCGAAGAGGGAGAUCUUGAAGAUCAUGAAGAAGCGGCGAAUGAAGUUCGACGAGGCGAGGAGGGUGUAUAUGGAGCAGCGUUUCCGUGAUAACGGGAUCGGACCGGACGGCCGGCCGAGGGAUCCGAAGUUCGUGAGCUUCUCUUGAGAACGGUUCAUACGUGCGAGAAAGAGAAAGUCUGGAAGAUGGUCUGGGUUGCUUCAUUUUU